AUGGUUCGCCUCACUAUUCACCAUACUGUUGAAGCCAAACAGCAGGCUGCGCGCGAGAAACGCAAAAGAUACUAUGAAAGGCACAGAGAUGCCAUUUUAUUGAGACAUUGUCUCUGUCGCACGAACAACACUCCUUCUGUCACAGCCGAGUCUAACAUGAACGACCUAUCGGAUGAUGAGGUUGACUUCGAGGCAAUUAUCACUUUGUCUGAUUGUCUGGGGCUCAUACAUGAUGCAAAGAACAAAGUCCUGGCACUUGUUCCUUCCGGGAUACCUACAACAUAUGUCGAGGGCAUCCUCUGCAAAUACGCUAUGUCGUUACGCACCAGUGUUGCCGGGGACAUUGGGAUAUUCUGGGAUGGGCUCAAGCUCGUUGAGCCAUAUUUGUUGUGGGCACAGCAGGGGCAGGAUAAAAUUUUUGACAUGUGUGGUGUAUGUGAUGAAUGGCGUGCUGCUGACGAGGUUUCCAGAUUCAUUGGACAUCUGGUAGCUAUGCUGGAGGAUCUUCACAGACUAGCCGUUUGGGGUGACCUCGACGAGGCUUAUUUACUUGGGGAAACGAUGUACCAGAAGACCUUGGGACUGGAGGCUCCUGGAGUCUAG